GGCUGCUCUGCCGGAGCUAUGCCGAAAGUCGUAUCCCGGUCGGUGGUCUGCUCCGACACCCGGGACCGCGAGGAAUAUGAUGAUGGCGAGAAGCCCCUUCAUGUCUACUACUGUUUGUGCGGCCAGAUGGUCCUGGUGCUGGAUUGUCAGUUAGAGAAAUUGCCCAUGAGGCCUCGGGACCGGUCUCGAGUGAUUGAUGCUGCCAAACAUGCUCAUAAGUUUUGUAACACAGAAGAUGAGGAGACUACUUAUCUUAGGAGGCCUGAGGGCAUUGAACGUCAAUACAGAAAGAAGUGUGCAAAAUGUGGACUGCCGCUUUUCUACCAGUCCCAGCCGAAGAAUGCUCCUGUGACCUUCAUCGUGGAUGGAGCAGUAGUGAAAUUUGGCCAAGGCUUUGGGAAAACCAAUAUAUAUACUCAGAAGCAAGAGCCUCCUAAGAAGGUUAUGAUGACCAAACGGACUAAAGACAUGGGCAAGUUCAGCUCUGUUACUGUGUCUACCAUUGAUGAAGAAGAAGAAGAAAUAGAGGCUAGGGAAGUUGCUGACUCGUAUGCACAGAACGCCAAAGUGAUUGAAAAACAGCUGGAGCGCAAAGGCAUGAGCAAGAGGCGACUGCAAGAGCUGGCUGAAUUGGAAGCCAAGAAAGCAAAAAUGAAGGGGACCCUGAUCGACAACCAGUUCAAAUAAUCCAGAUCUUUCUGAGUUCAGACUGGAGGCCAGCACUUAGAUCAAGACAAAAUAGCUUCUUGAUUUCAUGGUCUAGUUUCUGUGUCCCAGGACAAAGUGUCUGGGAAUCCCAUUCAUUUCCCCCACAUUGUUGCUCUUUUCUUUCACUGAAGUCCUUGAUUCCAUCUUGCUUGCUUCCUAGGAGGUAGAUUGUUUUCAAAAUCUGCCUAAAUAAGUUUUCUGUCUUGUCUUUGAGAUAGGUUCUUGUUCCAUACUGGACGAUGGCCUUGAACUUACGAUCUUCUUGUUUUAGCCUCUCCAGUGCUGUAAUUACAGGAAUGCACCACUGUGCCUGGCUUCUGUACCAGUCCUCUUCAUUUGAACUACAUUUCUGUGAUAAAUUUAGGGUUAGAUAUGCCUCUAGUUUCUAAGGUUUCUUACUUGUUCUUCUUCUUCAAAGCUAAUACAGUGUUUAAAGAUUUUUGAAAAAAAAUAUGGUAUGGGAAGAAAGUAGCAGGAAUUAAAUUUAAAAUUAAUUCCAUUUCAUUCUUUAAAGGUGGAUCCUUUUAAGAGACUCUGCCUCUGUUCUUCGAAUUGACUAUCGUUUGAAUCUUUCUCCUGUCAGUAGAAAUCAGUUAGAAACCUUAAUCUGCAGAAAUAUUUCUUUACUUAAAGUAGUAGAGUUAUAGGUGAGCCAUGCCAUAUCAAACUUCAGAGUUAAAUAAGGAAAAGCCAUGUAUGUGGCUGGGGGUGUAGCUUGGUAGUGGAGUGCAUGCUUGGCAUGUGUGAGGACAUCCCCAGCACAAAAAAAAAAAAAGAAAGAAAGAAAGCAAGCAAGCAAGAAAGAAAGAAAGCAAGCAAGAGAGAGAGAGAGAAAGAAAGAAAGAAAGAAAGAAAGAAAGAAAGAAAGAAAGAAAGAAAAGAAAGAAGAAAAAAGAAAAAAAAGAGCCAGAUUGCAGAUGCAGGGGUAGGAUAGCUCAGGUCUAAAUUAAAAUAUGGCCUUGCUAAGUAACCCAAAGGAGUUAGUCAGUCAGCUGGGAGAAUUACUGUGUGAGUAUACAGGAAGGGGCAUAGUGAAAGAAGAUUAUCUGUUGGGUGUCUUCUUUUACAUUUGCUAUUUGCAGACAGUUUUAAGUGUGUCACUGCUUCAGUGACGUCAAUAUCCACGUGGUUCUUCCCAUAUUCUUAUCUGUUUGCCUAUAUUGCAAGGCAUGAGGAAACAUGGAGUGUGGUGCCCUCUUCGUGUUAUCUAUGACCAAUUGCACUUUUUAAGCCCCCAAGGCUGUUUGUAAGGUGCUACCAGAAGUAAUUUUCUUUGCCUUUUUUCUGAUUUUAUUACUUGCAGGGAAAAAUAGGUAGGGGAGUAGAGGUACAGUUGAGCUAGCAAAAACUGGGCCAAAGAGGAUUGGGGAUCCUGGGAAUGUGCAGAGGGGUGUUGUUACUAUCUUUCCAGUUAUUCUGCAGCCAGUAAGUAGGGUCUUUCUGUGGCUAAUUCUUCUUCGCCUCGUUUCCUGUCCUAGUUGUGAGACAGAAUUAACAUUGUAUGAAUGACCAACUAUGUCCAGCAGACAUGACCUCUACCUUUAUUCCACCUUAUCCCCAAAUUCCUAUGUGCACAGCUUGGAUAUACCUACACCACUUUGGAAAUUCAGGCUUCUAGUCUCUGGCCACAGCUGCCGAUUAUUGCUAGUCUCAUGUACUUACUUCUUGUAGACCUUUUUAGGUGUGUUUAUAGAUUUGAGGGGUGCUUAUUUUCUUAGUAAUAAUUAAACAUAAUAGUAGUAAUAGCAACAUUAAUACUCGUUACUCUCCCCUGAGUAGCUGGUGUGUGUCAGAUGCUGUGGAAAGCACUUUAGAGGUAUUAGCUCACUCUAACAAUACCUCCUCUGAGAUAUGUUAGCUGUUGUCAUCACCAUUUUCCAAUGAGUACUCCUGAAGCUCAGACUUCCCCAAGAGCUACUAGCCGGGAAUUGGUAAAGCCAAAAUCUGACUUUAAAAAUUCAAACUCUUUGCUAGGCUGAACUGCUUCUCCUGUGGAAUCUUUCUUUAUAUGUGUAUAGUUAGAUCAGAACAUAAUUUCAUUUUGAAAACCAAGUGAAGUGCAAUGUAAAAAUAUUCAGCUAGAGAACCCCCUAGAGCAAUUCUGUGGUUAUACUUCUACAUAUUUUCUGAAAUAUUUGCUCUUAGAUAAAUGCCAACCAUUUCAACAUCUGGCUCAAGUUACACAUUUUGCUUCCUCUAAAGAUUGUGAAAUAUCAAGUCCUUAGUAUUGAGUGAGCGUGUACCUUUCUUUAUAUUUUACUCUGUUAUUGAGAAUUUAAAACAAUAUGAUGUACAUUCUCUUAAUUUCUAGUGUUUUUAUAGCAAAUGUGUUUUAAUGUUAAUAAAAAGAGCCAUAUUGAAAUUUUGGAAAGUCAUACUCUCUUUUUGCAAAUGAUCUACUGUGGCAAAAAUAUGAAAAUGUUGCGAAAUGUUCUCACUCUAAUAAUUGGUGACAUUUGGGUAAUUGUAACUGUCACUUAAGGAAAAUUGAAAAGCUUUUUAAAGACUAAACUGUCUUGUGGAGGGUGCUGGCAUGUGUGUCCAGUUCUAACACUUAGGAUAAUUUUUAUUCAGGAGUUCAAGACCAACCUAGGCACCCUAGCAAGCAAGACUCCAAACAAAAUGUAAAAUAAUGUAAAUAAUAGAAUGGAAUAAACUAAACCAGCUUGAUUUGAACAUCUUAA